AUGUAUUGCCUUCAGUGGUUACUGCCUGUCCUACUCAACCCAGCUCUCUGGUUCAUGUCAGUUCAGUGCUUCUAUCUUCUAAGCUUCCUCCUGGAGCAGAAACUAUGCAUGAUUUGUGCUUUGGUCUUCCUGGCAGCUUUGUUCCUUAUCUGUUACAGCUGUUGGGGGAAUUGUCUCUUAUAUCACUGCACUGGCUCCCACCUCCCUGAAUUAGCUCAUGAUCCCAGGAUAGUGGGGACUUAA